AUGGCGGAAUCGAAGAGGUAUGCAGUUGUGACAGGGUCCAACAAAGGCAUAGGAUUUGAGAUUGUGAGGCAAUUAGCUUCUCAUGGAAUCACUGUGGUGUUGACAGCUAGAGAUGAGAAAAGGGGUCUUGAGGCUGUGCAGAAGCUGAAAGAAUCUGAUGGCUUUUCUGAUGAUAUUCUGCUUUUUCAUCAGCUUGAUGUGUCUGAUUCAUCCAGUGUUGCUUCCCUUGCUGAAUUCAUCAAGAAUAAAUUUGGAAGGCUUGAUAUCUUGGUGAAUAAUGCCGGAGUCGCUGGUGUGGAGGCAGAUGCUGAGGCAAUGAAGGCUGCUGCUGGUGGAGAGUCGCGAGAUCCUAAAUGGGAUAAAUGGGAUGCUCUGCAGAGUUCAUUGACUAAGACUUACGAGUCCACAGUACAAUGCUUUGAAAUAAACUAUUUUGGUACCAGAAGAAUGAUUGAAGCCUUCAUACCACUUCUGCAGCGUUCUCAAUCACCAAUAGUUGUCAAUGUUUCCUCUACUGUUGGAUUGCUAAAGAAUGUAAACAACGAAUGGGCUAAAGGGAUACUAAGUGAUGUCGACAACCUUACAGAAGAGAGAGUUGACGAGGUGGUGAAUGCAUUUUUGAAAGACUUCAAGGAAGGCAACAUAGAGGCCAAUGGCUGGCCUGCGACAUUUUCAGCUUAUACAGUGUCGAAAGUAAUCGUGAAUGCAUACACUAGAGUUGCGGCCAAGAAGCAUAAAGACAUCAAGAUCAAUUGCGUCUGUCCUGGUUACAUAAAAACUGACUUAAACUUCCAGACAGGCAUGCUAACUCCAGCAGAAGGUGCGGAAAGUAUUGUGAGGCUUGCUUUGCUGCCUGAAGAUGGCCCUUCCGUAGUGACAGGGGCAAACAAAGGGAUAGGACUUGAAGUAGUGAGGCAAUUAGCUUAUAAUGGAAUCACUGCGGUAUUAACUGCAAGAGAUGAGAAGAGGGGACAUGAUGCUCUUAAGAAGCUUAAAGAAUCUGGUAAUCUUUCUGGUGAUGUGAUAUUUCAUCAGCUUGAUGUGGCAGAUUCAUCUAGUGUUGCUUCUCUAGCCGAAUUCAUCAAAGCUCAGUUUGGAAGGCUUGAUAUCUUGGUAAAUAAUGCAGGAGUGCUCGGCGUUGUUACAGAUGGCGAUGGCUUUACAACUGUUGUAAGAGCGGCUUUAGGAGAAAUGGACGGAUCUAAAAUUAAUUGGGAUGAGGUGAUGACUCAAACAUAUGAGUUAGCAGUGAACUGCAUGCGAACCAACUAUUAUGGUGCAAAAAGAAUGAUUGAAGCCUUCAUCCCACUUCUCCAAUUAUCUCAAUCACCAAGGAUUGUCAAUGUUUCCUCAGAAGCAGGGAUACUAAAGCAGAACGUAGUGUUAACUAAUCUAAACAAAUCCACACUGCAAAAAGAGAGAGUGAAUGAGGUGGUGCAUGAAUUUCUAAAGGACUUCAAAGAAGCAGCGAUGAAUGCAUACACAAGAAUUGUGGCAAAAAAGCAACCAAACAUGAAGAAGAAGAAGACUGUAAAGAUUUAUCAAAGGAUAGGAUUUGAGGUUGUGAGGCAGUUAGCCUCUCAAGAAAUCACUGUGGUACUAACUGCAAGAGAUGAGAAGAGAGGACUUGAUGCCCUUCACAAGCUCAAAGAAUCUAGUGAUCAUUCUGGUGAUAUAAUUUUUCAUCAGCUAGAUGUGGCAGAUUCGUCUAGUGUUGCUUCACUUGCCGAAUUCAUCAAAGCUCAGUUCGGACGGCUUGAUAUCUUGGUGAACAAUGCUGGAUUCAUUGGAGUUAUUACAGAUGGCAAUUCUUUUACAACAGCCAGGAGAAUUCAUGCCGGAGAAAUAGACGGAGCUCGAGUUAAUUGGGACCAGAUGAUGUCUCAAACAUAUGAGUUAGCAGUGAACUGCAUGCAAACCAACUACUAUGGCGCAAGAAGAAUGAUUGAAGCCUUGAUCCCAUUUCUCCAGUUAUCUCAAUCACCAAGAAUUGUCAAUGUUUCCUCAGUGCUGGGGAAACUAGAGAUUAUACCAAGCGAAAGGGCGAAAGGGAUAUUAAGCAACGAAAACCUUACAGAAGAGAGCGUGGACGAGGUGGUGAACGAGUUUCUGAAAGAAUUCAGAGAAGGUUCCCUGGAAUCAAAAGGAUGGCCCUAUUCGGCUUACAGCGUGUCGAAAGCGGCCCUGAAUGCAUACACAAGAAUCGUGGCGAAAAAGCAACCGAAAAUGAAGGUGAAUUGCCUCUGUCCUGGUUAUGUCAGAACUGAUCUGACCUUCCACACAGGCAUAUUGACUGCAGAAGAAGGUGCUGAAAGGAUUGUGAGGCUGGUUCAGUUGCCUGAUGAUGGUCCUUCGGGCUUGUUUUUCAUUCACGGAGAAGUCUCAUCCUUCUAA